CAGUCGCACUAGGAAAACAGCUGUGGUGAGCUAAGCGCUAGUUAGCAUCGUUUGUUUUUGUCGUGUGUGUCAGCGAUUCCAGCCCUUCCCUGAACAAACCGCUUUCUUACGACCCCCGGAGUGACCGACGUGUUGUCUGUCAUCUCUCUUUAAGAUGAAGUUUCAGUACAAAGAGGAGCAUCCCUUUGAGAAAAGGCGGUCCGAAGGCGAGAAAAUAAGGAAGAAGUAUCCGGACAGGGUGCCUGUUAUUGUGGAGAAAGCUCCCAAAGCCAGAAUAGGAGACCUGGACAAGAAGAAGUAUCUUGUCCCCUCCGACCUGACAGUGGGCCAGUUUUAUUUCCUCAUCCGGAAAAGAAUCCACUUGCGGGCUGAGGACGCUCUCUUCUUCUUUGUAAACAACGUCAUUCCACCCACCUCAGCUACCAUGGGACAGUUGUACCAGGAGCAUCACGAAGAGGACUUUUUCCUCUACAUUGCCUACAGUGAUGAGAGUGUGUAUGGGAGCAGCCAAAGGGAAAUCUGAUCCCACUACCAUCCCCCCCCUCCAACCACUACCCAUCUCCCUGAGACCUCCACCAUUCAUUCAUUUAAAUAUUAAAUCCAGCUCAGCAGCCUAGAGUUCCCAGAGUAAAUAUGUUGAACGCACUUUCACCAUACAUUACCCUCUCUCCUAUCCAUUUAUGUCUUUAUUAAUCUGCAGUCUGAAUUGUAUUUGCCUCUGCUUUUCUUUAUAGUAGAUUAAAGUGGUCUCUGGCCAGUUAUUUUUCUAGUGUUAUGAUCAUGCUUAACUGAAAACACUGAGAAAUGAUAAAUAGUCAUUAGAAUAGGCUGUGAUUUUAGCUACCCCAGGGUUAAGGGAAGAAGGGCAAAGUAUGUGCGUUUGAAUCACCUCUUAUGGACAAUGAAGAUCGUUUUUGGUUGUCUGCUUUUGUUGGCUUUCUUGAGGAAAGUGUGUUUUGAGUAUAGGGCAGGAGAUAAAUAUAUUUUACCCAUUGAAGGCAGGUUUCUUUGUGUAUCUGGCAGAGUAAAGGAUAACUGUUUUGCAGCAGUUCUUGUCCUAAAAAAAAAAACCUUAAGUUUUUCUUUGUUGUUUUUUUCAAACUCACCAGGUAACACAGUCUUUGAAUAACAGCAGUGUACUAUCCGGUAUCAGAUUCAAGCAAGGAGUAAAAUAGAAUUCAGACUAAACAAUCAUCCCCUGCUUUCAGUGGUAAGACUAUUAUGUUGACUGCUACUAUGGUUAUUGUUGUUGUUGUUAAUUUUAGAUGGCUUAAUUUCUAAAGGUAUUGUAAAGCUGAGUGCAAUUUUCUCUUUUUUUUAAGUUUGUCUCCUUUUUUUAAAAAAGAAAUUAAGAUUUGAACUCUGUAUACAGCUGCAUUACUGGCUCCCUCUCUCCACUCAUGACCAUACAUGAUAAAAUGUGAUAAAAAGCUAA